ACUUCUUUGCUGAUCAUGAUGGAAAAAGAAAUAUUCUUGCAUCAUGAUCAGUGAUCACAACCGUUUAGCAGAACUAUCGCGAAAAUCAUCCGUGAUCAGUGAUCGUGUUGUUCUGCUGAUCGCAACCAUUAAUAUAACGAUACAUCUAUGUUGUCCCAUCUCCAGUAAUGGUGAAGAUCAAAAUUACUUCCAUCUCUAAUACGAAACCUAAACAAUGUUGGCGCACAAAUUACUUGUUGAAACACCUGGUGGAAGGAAAGUGCUGACGACGGACUGGCUAUUCUUGCUUGGGCAAUAGUGUUUAACAUAUACACACAACAGCGCCACAGGAGUAUAAACCAUGGAAGUGCCAAUCUGUCGCGCUUGUCUUGGAACUUCAUUGAGCAUGAUCAAUAUAUUUGACAAGGCACCUCGACUAGAGAUCUCCAUUGCCGAUAUGAUUUCUCAAUGCACUCAAUAUGAAAUUUGUAAAGGGGACCCCUACCCCAACACCAUUUGUGAAAUUUGCCUCCAAUGUGCACAAAGCGCCUUUGAGAUACGGCAAACCUUAGAGAGGAACUACCAAAACCAAAUGUUUCUCAAGAAUGAUAAAGUCCUAAACGCCAAUCUUCAGAAAGGCGUUUUUACUCGUGAGAUUAAGAAACCCCAUAAGUGUUUCCACUGCCAAAAAACGUUUCCGAAGAAGUGGCAUCUUCAGGAACAUGUGCGAAAACACACUGGAGAGCGACCGUAUAAGUGUUCCCAGUGCUCGAUGUCCUUCUCGUAUAGAGCAAGUUUUCAGAUUCACAACCGGACUCACACGGGAGAAAAACCGUAUAAGUGUCCACAAUGUCCACAGUCGUUUACCCAGAGCGCUAGUCUUAAGCCGCACAUCCAAACUCAUACGGGAGAGCGCCCGCACACUUGCUCCCACUGCCCGAAAUCAUUUAAAAUGAAAGUCCAACUUCAGUUACAUAUCAGAACUCACACGGGGGAGAGACCGUACAGGUGCUCCCACUGCUCGAAGUCGUUUUCCUCAAAUAGUGGUCUUCAAAGACACAUUCUAACUCAUACGGGAGAGCGACCGCAUAAGUGUCCCCACUGUUCGAUGACGUUUUCUCAGAAGUGUAGUGUUAAUAGACACAUGCUUACACACACGCGGAAAAAUCUAAGCUAAAUAUUUUUUAAAAUCUUAAUCCCUGUAGUGAGUCAUACACAAUCUCCGUUCAUCGAAUUAGGGUCUAAUACCAUAUACAUAUAAUAAUAAAUAAUACUUCUUUAUAAAGUCUAAUGAAAUAAAAUU